GCUCGAAUAUGUGGUUGUUGUCACGUGGCAGCAGCGCCCCCAGCAGCUCGCACUCUGACACGACAAGAGCCCGUUUGACGUAACCAGAACCUCCAAAGAUGGCGGCGUUGGUAGCACCUCGCCUGGCCAUAUUUGGCUCUUUUUCAACAAGGCCCAUUUCAGUUUUUGCUCUUCAGCACAAGAGCCUGCACAGCACUGCUAAAAAUGAUAACACCAGCACAAGGUUCUGCAGCGUGGUGCCAGUUAGAGAGAAAAGCACAGCUGUGGCUGCAGCCAAACCGACAUCUGUAGCCAGCAGCAAGGGCGAGUAUGUGAUCACUAAGCUGGACGACCUGGUUAACUGGGCUCGCAGGAGCUCUCUGUGGCCCAUGACCUUCGGCCUGGCUUGCUGUGCAGUGGAAAUGAUGCACAUGGCGGCUCCCCGUUACGACAUGGACCGCUUUGGAGUCGUGUUCAGAGCCAGUCCCCGGCAGGCAGAUGUCAUGAUUGUGGCAGGAACGUUGACCAAUAAGAUGGCUCCAGCCCUGCGCAAGGUGUAUGACCAGAUGCCUGAGCCCAGAUAUGUCAUUUCCAUGGGAAGCUGUGCUAACGGAGGAGGCUACUACCACUAUUCUUACGCUGUCGUCAGAGGCUGUGACCGAAUCGUACCGGUGGACAUUUAUGUUCCAGGUUGCCCGCCCACUGCAGAGGCUCUUCUCUACGGGACUUUACAGCUGCAGAAGAAAAUUAAGCGUGAGAAGAAAUUAAAGAUCUGGUACAGGAAGUGAACAAUCUGUAUAUGUGUGUGUGUCUCUUUGUAAACACUGUAUUUCUGGUUGCAUUUGGAGCCCCGCUCCUCCUCCUUGUAGAGCUGCAGGAACGAACUUCAUUAAAGUCUUUGUUGUAAUUUACAGACGGCACACGCUGGGUAUUUAAAUUACAGCUUUAAAUUGAAUUCACGUCUUCAAGUAGCCAUCAGAAAAACUGUAUAUCUCAUCAGUCAUUCAUGAAGAUAGAAUAUGAGUGGCAUAUUUCAGAAUCUUAAGUGUUAUUUUCAAUAAACUGAGCUUACGUGAAAACCUA